ACCACAAACAUGAAAUCUGUAAACCAAACAGUUAUAUCAGGAUUUAUUCUCCUGGGACUCACAGAUGAUACAGAGCUGCAACUCAUCAUCUUCAGUAUAUUUCUUUUCAUGUAUCUUGUUACAGUCCUAGGAAAUCUGCUGAUCAUUCUGGCCACCAGCUCGGACUCCCAUCUCCACACCCCCAUGUACUUCUUUCUUUCUGGGCUUUCCUUUAAUGACAUCGUUUUAGUCACAUGCACAAUUCCAAAGAUGCUGGUGAAUAUACAAACACAAGACCAGAGCAUCACCUAUGCAGGAUGCCUGACUCAGGUCUGCUUUGUCUUGCUAUCUAUUGGCGUGGAAAAUUGUCUUCUUGCAGCCAUGGCAUAUGACCGUUAUGUUGCCAUUUGUCACCCACUUAGAUAUAGGAUCAUUAUGAACCCCUGUCUCUGUAUCUUAAUGGUAACGUUUUCUGUGAUGGGGAGCAUGGUGAAUGCCCUUAUGUAUGGUCUGAUGAUGUUACAUCUGUCCUUCUGCACAGAACUGGUAAUCCCACAUUUCUUCUGUGAACUUACACAGAUUACUAAACUUGCCUGUUCCAACACUCUUAUUGACAACAUACUUAUAUACAUUUCAUCUUGCAUAUUUGGUGGUGUUCCUCUCUCUGGCAUCAUUUUGUCUUAUAGUCAAAUUGCAUUCACUGUCUUGAGAAUGUCAUCCUCAGAAGGAAGAUAUAAAGUCUUUUCCACCUGUGGGUCUCACCUCUCAGUUGUCUCCUUAUUUUAUGGAACAGGUUUUGGGGUAUACAUUAGCUCAACAGUUACAGAAUCAUCCAGGAAGACUGCUGUGGCUUCAGUACUGUAUUCUGUGGUCCCUCAAAUGAUGAAUCCCUUUAUCUAUAGUCUGAGGAACAGAGACAUGAAAGAAGCCUUGAAGAGACUCAUCAGUAGGAUACUAUUUCCUUUGUGA